AUGGUUGGAAAGAGGUCUGGAAAGGCACUCCUUCGGGAGGAAGGCCUUGAGAGGACUGACAACAAUAUGGAUCUGACUACAUGGCCCCAAAUCAACCCAAUCAAUCAGAAGAACUACUACACUGACUACCUCAAACGAGAUGAUCAGAUUCUUCCUCUACGCCUUCUACAGGAAGAGCGCCGAAAUAGAAUGACCGCCAAAGCCAGAGACAGAGACCGAGAGCUUGCUCAAGCUAAUCCGAAUGAUGCACUACCUAGCGGCGCGGAUCUGGACAUGGACGACGAUGCCGGCAUGGAGGAUGCUGGAGAGCCGCUGACAGGCCAAGAUGCUCUGGGAUCGAAAGUAAUCGUGAUUCACCCCGGGAGCCAGAAUCUGCGCAUCGGCUUGGCAAGCGACGCUUUGCCCAAAACGGUGCCCAUGGUCAUCGCAAGGAGAUGGGAGAUGAGCGAGUCCGAGGAAGAUGGUGGUGAGCCAAGUCCAAAACGCAGGAGGACGGACGACGGCUCUCAAAUGGAGCCAGAAAAAACGUUUGGCGAAGAGUUUGCAGGCCAAUAUAACAAGAUGUGCGCUGAUCUAAAGAUCCACAUGCGCAGUAACAAGCGUAGGGUCUUACCCAAUUCGAAGGAAUUGAUUGUCAAUUAUAACAAACGGACACCUCCGGAGACCAUAUCAGAGCACAACGAUCCUUUUAGAGUAGACUGGACUGAGAUUCCUGCCGACCCGAAAGAAGCCCCAGGAUUUCUUACUGGGAAAGAGGCACUUAGGAUCCCAGAUAAGUCAAUUCCACGUUACAAGCUCUUUUGGCCACUGCGGUAUGGCUGGUACAACGAGUCGGAGUAUCGUGAGAAGAAAGAUCUGUACAACGACAUUGCGACAAUUAUUGAAGAGGCGAUCAAGACGCAGUUGAAUCUCCGGCGCAAAAGAGACUGGGUGCAGUAUGGAUGUGUCUUCGUUGUUCCUGACCUGUAUGAAAGACACUACGUUUCUCAGACGCUAGAGAUGCUGAUGAGAGACCUGGGCUUCGGUAAGGUCUGCUUCAUUCAGGAAAGUCUGGCUGCAACUUGUGGUGCAGGCUAUACGACUGCCUGCGUUAUGGAUGUAGGAGCUCAGAAGACUUCCAUAUGCUGUGUCGAAGAGGGGAUGUGCAUUGAGAAUUCUCGAAUCAAUUUGAAAUGUGGUGGUGCAGAUGUCACGGAGACCUUCAUCAGAAUGAUGCUGUAUGAUCACUUCCCGUAUGCGGACAUCAACUUGAAGCGCCGGUAUGAUUUUCUGCUUGCAGAAGAACUCAAAUAUAAGUUUUGUACCAUGAAUGAAGGAGAAAUAAGCCCCCAGCUUUUCGACUUCCACCUGAGAGCAUCUGGGCAAGACACUAGGAAGUACACCUUCAAGACAUACGAUGAGGUAUUACUGGCGCCUCAGGGCUACUAUCAACCAACGAUCUUUGACAAUUCUCAGAAGCUCAAGGGUCGACGGAAGCUCAUUGACCGAUCUUACGACCUCUAUGAGGGUGGGCCUAAUGAUCCCGUGUCUUCUGCGCAGUCUGCUGUAUUGUCACUUAUAAGUCCAAUCGUGUCAGUCAACGGCCAAACGAAUGGCGAGACGAGCAAUGGGCAGGUAGCCCUAGGUCCAAUAAAACCUUCAUCAAACCUGUUUCAGAAGAUCAACGAGACCGAGCGCACCCCAGCCUCAACAGUAGGAUCUCCUGCGCCGGAUGACGACGAUACCCCAGUACCAAUUGGUGAGACCAACACUGGAACGGAGAUCCUUGCAACCUCAGUUCGAGACGAUGUGCUUCCGGUGAUUGCUCUCGAUACCGCUAUACUGACUUCCAUCGGCCACGGAGCACGACUCGAUGAGCGCAAGACUAGGGAUUUCCUCAGUAGUGUCAUGGUCGUUGGCGGAGGAGCUCAGAUCCCAGGCUUCUACAUGUUCUUGGAGGAGAGGUUGAAAGAACUGAGGCCAGGAUUUGCGAAGGACAUCGUGAUCGGAACACCACCUAGGGAGCUGGAUCCACAAGGUGUGAUUUGGAAAGGCGGAAGCGUGUUUGGGAAGCUAAGGGGGACAAAUGACAGCUGGAUAGGUAAGACGGAGUACGACCGUUUGGGUGCCAGGCUGCUGGUUUACAAGUGUAUGUGGGCCUGGUAG